AUGAAGUUGGAUUCAAUGAUUAAAGAUCUAAAGGAUAAUCAAUUUUUUGGUGAAAUGAACGCAGUUGUUUAUACCGUUGAAUUUCAAAAACGUGGCCUACCUCAUGCACACAUUUGUUUAUUCAUGAAAGUCGAUCAUAAACUUCCCACCGUAGAUCACAUAGAUCCUUUUAUUUCAGCUGAAAUUCCAGACAAAUCUGAAGAUCCUCAGUUAUACUCACUUGUGUCGGAGUAUAUGAUUCAUGGUCCUUGUGGGAAUGCUAACUUGAGCUGUCCUUGCAUGGUUGACAAAAGAUGUUCUAAACGAUUUCCCAAAAAGUUUUCUGCUCAAACUAUUAUUGACUCAAGUGGUUUUCCGGUUUAUCGAAGAAGAGAUUGUGGCCAUACUGUUAUAAAGAAAGGUGUUCAACUUGACAACCGAAGUGUUGUACCGUAUAACAAAAGUCUAUUAAGACGAUACCAAGCCCAUAUUAAUGUUGAAUGGUGUAACCAAGCAGGCUCCAUAAAGUACCUUUUCAAGUACAUUAACAUAGGUCUUGACCGGGCUACUGCCGUUGUGUUUUGCGAAGCAGAAGGUUACAGCAUUCAGAAACAAAAAGACGAAAUAAAAGAGUACUACGAUUGUAGAUACAUAUCUGCUUGUGAAGCUUCUUGGAGAAUUUUCUCAAAUGAAGUGCAUUAUAGAUAUCCUGCUGUAAUGAGGCUUCCUUUUCAUUUACCUGGUCAGCAUAAUGUUGUAUAUGGGGCAGAUGAUGAUAUUGAAGAUGUGUUGAGCAAACCAUCUGUUGCUUCUUCGAUGUUUUUGAAAUGGUUUGAAUUAAAUCAACGUGAUGAGGAAGCAUGUAAAUUGACUUAUGUCGAGUUCCCACAAAAGUAUGUUUGGAAUGUAAAAGAUAGACGCUGGCAAAUACGAAAAAGGUAUCAAACUGUUGGUAGAAUUCAUUCCGUUUCAAUUGCUUCUGGUGAACCUUAUUAUUUAAGGAUUCUCCUAAACAAAGUCAGGGGUCCCAAAUCAUUCGAAGAUAUUCGAACAGUUAAUGGAGAGUUAUUCCCCACUUUUAAAGACGCAUGCUAUGCAAUGGGUCUUCUAGAUGAUGACAACGAAUAUGUUGAAGCAAUUAAAGAAGCAAGUUUUGAUGGUCAUUGUCGGUAUUUAAGAGCAUUAUUUGCCACAAUGCUGUUAACAAAUACUCUAACAAGACCUGAAUUUGUUAGGGAUAAAACGUGGCAUUUAUUAGGAGACGAUAUUUUGUACAGACGUCGAAAAGAGACACGUAUCCCUGAUUUAACGCUUCCUGAAGAUCAACUGAAGAAUCAGAUUUUGUUUGAAAUUGAGAAUUAUUUAAUUUCCAAUGGUUCAUCUUUAAGUAAGUUUACUACAAUGCCUUAUCCUGAUCAUCACUCUUUACGUCAAAUUACCAACCGUCUAAUCAAUGAUGAAUUAUCCCAAGACACAAAUGAGUUGCAAACUGAGUUUUGUCGAAUGAAAGAAUGUCUAACUGAAGAGCAGUCGAACGUUUUUAAUGAAAUUAUGCAUGCAAUCGAUAGCCAAACUGGAGGGUUGUUUUUUGUAUAUGGUUAUGGUGGAACUGGGAAGACUUUUUUGUGGAAGACAUUGGCUUCUGCAAUUAGAUCUAAAGGGCAGAUUGUGUUGAAUGUUGCUUCGAGUGGUAUUGCUUCGUUAUUACUAUCUAAAGGAAGGACGACACAUUCUAGGUUUAAAAUCCCCAUUAACUUGACAGAAGACUCCAUGUGCCAUAUUAAGCCAAACGAUGAUGUUGCUGACCUACUAAAAGAGGCAAAGUUGAUUAUAUGGGACGAAGCCCCUAUGGUCCACAAGCAUGCUUUUGAGGCACUAGAUCGAACAAUGAAAGACGUUUUAUCGUCUUCUAUGGGUCACCAGUCUGAACUACCAUUUGGGGGUAAAGUUAUUGUUUUUGGUGGGGACUUUAGGCAGAUCCUCCCGGUCAUUCCUAAUGGUACCAGACAACAAAUUGUCAAUGCUUCUUUGAGUUCUUCAUAUAUAUGGUCAGAAUGCAAGGUUUUAAAAUUAACAAAAAACAUGAGGUUGACAGUUGGAGCUCAAACAUCUAACGUUGAGUCUAUUGAGAAAUUUGCAAGAUGGCUACUUGAUAUUGGUGAAGGAAACGUUGGUUCAGAAAACGAUGGUGAAGCACUUAUAGAGAUACCGGAUGACUUAGCAAUCACCAAUUCGGAUGAUCCAAUACAAAGUUUAAUCGACUUUGUUUAUCUUUCAAUUUUAGAAAAUUACAAAAAAUCUGGAUUCUUUUCUGAGAGAGCUAUUUUAGCACCAAAAAAUGAAGUUGUUCAUGAAAUUAAUGAUCGUUUACUUUCGUUAUUUCCGGGUGAAGAAAAAGAGUAUUUGAGCUCUGACAGUAUCUAUCAAACUGAGCAAGUUGGUUCUAAAGUUGGUGUUCCUGUAAUGCUUCUUCGAAACAUUGAUCAACAAAGUGGUCUAUGUAAUGGAACUAGACUUCAAAUAACCUUUCUCGGUAAACGAGUUAUUGAAGCUGAAGUAAUAUCAGGUGGGAAUAUUGGCACUAGAGUUUAUAUUCCAAGGAUUUCAAUGAUUCCUUCUGCCAAGAAGAUACCAUUUCAGUUUCAAAGAAGGCAAUUUCCGUUAUCAGUAUGUUUUGCUAUGACAAUUAACAAAAGUCAAGGGCAGUCUUUAUCAAGAGUUGGGCUAUAUUUAAAGGAUCCAGUUUUUAGUCAUGGCCAGUUGUACGUUGCUUUAUCGAGAGUGAAGACGAGAGAAGGUGUCAAAAUUUUAGCGUAUGAUGCUGAUGGUAAACCUUCGAAGCAGACAUCAAAUGUGGUUUACAAGGAGAUAUUUGGUAACUUGUGA